AUGUCCAGAGUUCAAGAUCUACCGGGGUUCGGGUCGAAUAGUUCUGUUCACAGGAUAGGCAAAAGAAGAGCUAAAACGGCAGUAAAGCCAAUUCUAAGGAAGCUUGCAACACAGUCGGAGAAGAGUUCUUUAGAUUUGGAUAGGGCGUGGGAAGAUCAAGAUGAGCCUUACAGAAGUCACGAUGGAUACGGGAGUGGGCUGGGAUUGUACGAACCUGUGCAGUCGCAAGUACAAUCACAGAUACUACAGAUACAGGCCAAAUUACAGUCGCCUAAGGAUGCAACAAGCUUAACUUUCAACGAGGCAGUUGGUACCCGUCGGUACAACCACGCCAGAUCGAUAAGCGGCGCAAGUCAUGUUUCCGUCGCAACAUCUAGCAGUUCCGGACCUCGUCACCAGGCCGGCGGUCAAUUUGUGCAUCCAUUCCAACAAACACCUCGCACAUCAACCCCGCCAUUGUCAUAUGCCAAUUCACUGACGUCCUUCUUCGACAUCACCGAGGACGACGACAAUGAACAAAGUCAGGACAGCGGCACUGGCACUGGCACUGGCACUGGCACUGGCACUAAUACCGCAACCGUUGGCAAACGCUCCGGCUCCACUCGCAGCCAUAGAAGCAGCACUCAUACUCAUCCUAUAAACCCGCAUUCACACUCACAACCAAGUCUGGGGCCUCGACGCCCAUCUAUGACAAGCAGCCAACGUACACCAUCGCUUACCGAAGUAAAUAAUGGGCAACCUUCUCCCACCCUUUCUCAUCGCACACCUUCCCUUAGAAUAAAUACGCGAGCUACGCCUACGCAGUCCUCGCGCCUGGUCAACGUUUCUAGCCGAUCGGAUCUGCAGCUCGAUCGUAUGGUAGAAUCCCCCAUCUCGUCCAAUGCCGCUUCGAACCACAUCGCUUCGCCCACCAGCUCCACAGCCCCGAUGUCUCCAUUGCGAUCUUCAUUCGAUGCAUCCGCUUUCCCUCGCUUGCGUGCUAAAUCUGAUCUCGACACUGCAACGCGUGCCGAGCAUCUCCGAGAAGCCCGCCGAAAAUUCGAGCUAAGAGAAAAGGCCAAGGAAGAGAAAUAUGCACGCGAGGAGAUCAAGCGUCGGGAACGUGCUGAUAAUAAGCGUGCCCUCGAGCUAGAAAGACACGCAGCUCUAUUACAUAAAGAGCAAAUGGCAGCAAGGGCUCGCCAAGAAGCCGCUGAGCUUGAGGAAGCCAUGUCUCGUGGAAAGUACAACAGAAAGUAUAGCAUGAACAGCAGCGGUCGCCCAAGUCUAGCUAUAUCUAGGACCAGUAUGUCUAGGCCGAGCACGUCGCGGAAGAAUAUACCGAGCCCUCUGGGUGAGACUGAGACUGAGAAGUUUGCUAGCAGCAACUACGACAGCUUGGAUGCGAGAAGCCCGCCAUCUUUUGGUAACGAGGCUGGGAGUGCGCAAGAUGUCGUUUUUCAGUCCCCCAGACGGAAACACACGGCUAAGAAGAAGACGCAAAGUACUUGGACGAUGUUCAUUCUGUGGUUGCGAACAAAACUACUUCGGGCGAGCAAAAAUCGAUGA